AUCUACUCUUCCAUCCCCUCUUCUUCUUUAUAACAGUUAAUCACCAGCAGCCAGUGAUCAGGCAGAUCUCAAGUGUGUGACGAUUGGCUGUACCAAACAGAAGGCGGAGCCUCAGCUGAUGCAUCACCCAAACGUACCAGCGCAGCAGGAUAGAUCCUCUCUGACUCUCCCUCCCCCUCUCCCUACCUCUCACUUUUGCCUCUCAUACAUACGCCAAAGCACAGACUGCAGCAGAGCGUGAGGCCAACAGGAUUUUUCCUCUUAUUCUUGAACAGUCAAGAAACCAGAGAGACUCUUACCUGCUGCGGAGAAGAGACAUUAUUUAUGAAGGACGCUCUGAGGAGCAUCUGACCUGCAGGCUGCUGUGUGUGUAGGUUUGCGUCUUACUCUUGGGAACAGUUGUGAGGACACCCAUCCCUCAUACGGGACUCCCAUAUUCCCUCCCCGCCUGCUACUUAUCCUCGUUUAUGGAUAGGAUGCUUGGCUGUGCGCCCCUGUGCUGAGGAGGCGUCGGCGGGCAGCAGCAUGGAAGCUGUGCUGGUCGACAUCCCCUCCACCCCCUCCACCAACUAUCUACCACCACCACGCUGCCCCACCAAUACGGGCACCCCCCCCAGCCCCGCUGAUGGGCGAAGACACUGACGCCACCCCAAAGCUCAACCACCACGGCUUCCUCCCCGACCACAACUAUGUGACUGAAGGGCUGCUCCUGGCUAUAGCCUGAAGAGCUCCGCCCAUCCCGUCCACCCCUCUCCACCCUGGAGUCCUCCCCCAGGAUGUUGAGCCCCAUCCAGGUCCUGUGCUCCGACAUCACUACCCUUUCUCUGGAGCCUGAGCCGUUUGCCUCUUACACUGAAGCUGACAUCAUCUCCACUGUUGAGUUCAACCACACAGGAGAGCUCCUGGCCACAGGGGACAAAGGAGGCCGUGUGGUCAUCUUUCAGAGGGAACCUGAGAGCAAGACUGAGCCAUUUUCCCAGGGAGAGUACAAUGUGUACAGCACCUUUCAGAGCCAUGAGCCAGAAUUCGACUACCUUAAGAGUUUGGAGAUUGAGGAGAAGAUCAAUAAGAUCAGAUGGCUGCCUCAGCAGAACGCCGCACACUUCCUCCUCUCAACCAAUGAUAAGACCAUUAAGUUGUGGAAGGUGAGUGAAAGAGACAAAAGGCCAGAGGGAUACAACCUGAAAGAUGAGGAGGGCCGCAUCAAGGACAUCUCCACAGUCACCUCCCUACAGGUGCCAGUGUUGAAGCCCAUGGACCUGAUGGUGGAGGUGAGCCCACGGCGAGUGUUUGCCAAUGCCCACACCUACCACGUCAACUCCAUCUCCGUCAACUCAGACUACGAGACCUACAUGUCAGCCGACGACCUGAGGAUCAACCUCUGGAAUCUGGACAUCACUGAUCGCAGCUUCAACAUUGUGGAUAUCAAACCAGUAAACAUGGAGGAUCUAACAGAAGUGAUCACAGCGGCUGAGUUUCACCCCCACCACUGUAACUUGUUUGUCUACAGCAGCAGCAAAGGCACCCUGCGCCUUUGUGACAUGAGAGAGGCGGCGCUGUGCGACAGGCACUCCAAAUUGUUUGAGGAGCCCGAGGACCCCAGUUCCCGCUCCUUUUUCUCUGAGAUUAUUUCCUCUGUAUCGGAUGUGAAGUUUAGCCACAGCGGUCGCUAUUUGCUCACCAGAGACUACCUAACUGCCAAAGUCUGGGACCUCAACAUGGAGAGCAAGCCCCUGGAGACAUACCAGGUUCAUGAUUACCUCCGCAGUAAGUUGUGUUCCCUUUACGAGAACGACUGCAUCUUUGACAAGUUUGAAUGUGCCUGGAACGGUUCGGACAGUGUGAUCAUGACUGGAGCCUACAACAACUUCUUCCGCAUGUUCGACCGCAACACCAAGCGCGACGUGACCUUGGAGGCGUCGAGAGAGAGCAGCAAACCCAGAGCCGUCCUGAAGCCGCGGAGGGUCUGUGCCGCAGGAGGAAAGCGCAGGAAAGACGACAUCAGUGUGGACAGUCUGGACUUUACCAAGAAGAUCCUCCACACGGCCUGGCAUCCAACGGAGAACAUCAUCGCCAUCGCUGCCACCAACAACCUGUACAUCUUCCAGGACAAACUCAACUCUGAGAUGCAUUAAUGAACAGAUGUCAGCAGUGGAUUCAAAUGAGUUUACACGCAAAUACACACACUAUGUGAGAAUGUACAUUGUUAUUAUACUUACACUCACUUUCACACACCCAGGAAGAUGCCUAACGCAUACACUCAGAAUACACACACACACACAUUUACUCCUUCACCUCUUCUUCAGCCUCCCAGAACUGAAAGGACCCAGUCAGGGCUAGAAAGGGAACCGGCUGGAUCAUGCAAAGGAUUAUGGAUAGAAAUUUGUCCCAACUGUGGAUUUCUUCAUUGUUACCCUGUGGAUUGUGCUUGAUGGUGUGUUGAUUGCUACAGCUCAGCUUCUGAGGUGGUUCAGUCCUCCCCAGACAGGAGAGAUGUUUACAUUUUUCUGUCUUUUUCUUUAUUUUUAACUCUUCUGGCUCUUUUACUUUCUCCACCUACUCCUCCUCCUCUUUCUGUAUUUGUUCACUAGAGCAAAGCCUAUUCUUAUCCCCUGCCCACUGUUAUGUGUAACAAAAAACCCUCUGUGGUUCUCUACCAGCAGCACAGAUGAGAAAUGGGGCAUUUAUAUAACUGGCUGUUUGUUUGAUUUCAAAUCAGCUGUUCUGUUUUUGUAUCUUCUUGUUAAAUUGUGUUGACGACAGUAGUUAUGACAAUAACGUGAAAAGAUAAAUGUGAUGUACAUGGAUGGACUUGCAACCCUCCCCUCAACCCAAGUGCACCCGAUGCCUCCCUGAUUCAGGAGGAAUGACCAGCAGCUGGGCUGUGCUCAGUGAGGUGAAACAUUUACAGUCCUGCAGAUCAAAGCAGAAGUUAGGAGAUGUGGACAAGAUGAGGACACACAUUCAAUCAUGCAACAGUGUGUUUCAGCCAUGAAUAUUUUCUCUGCUGAAACUGACCAAAACCUCUUUGAUUGUGGUUUCUGCCUAUGGUCUGGGGCUGUGUUGUGAGCUGCUUCGACACUAAAUACGUUAAUCUCAGAUUAAGCAAAAAUAAGAUGAAAAAAAAAGUAAAUAAAUACAAUCAAGCAAAAAGAUGCUGCAUGUCAAACAGUUUUAGCCUAUUAGUAUUUAUAAAUUGACUGACUGACUUGGUUGCCUUCUUAACCAUUUAGACCCAGCUGUAUAAAGGCUUGAGGGGCCCCAAGGCUCCUCGCAGCACGAGUAACCAUAGAUGACCGAGCCCUCCUACCUUUAUAUGUGUCCUCGGGCACUGAAGCAUGUUUACCAGUGUUCGGUUCUAACACAUACACGUCCAUUUUGAAUGAAGCCGACCACGAGUCAGUUUUCUACUCACUGAGAACAAAGAAAAACGAGGAAUGUUUCUGAUAUAUGUCAUACUCUAAAAGUAAAAGGAAAAAAUUCAAGAGGCCUCAAUAGUGUCUGUAUAUAUCAGCUCUGUUGCUGACAUGUAUGAGGUUUUGUUUUUCUACCAACUGACUGCGGACUUUGUCGUCUGUAUCGAUGAUUGCCUCCAAAGCUACAGCAGAGAUGGUACCUUAAUCUCUUUGGCCUUCCUCACUGAUUACUUUGCAGAUUUGCAGAAGCUUUUAUGUAAAAAGAAAAAACCCAACUUUUUCUUUGAUUGAUCCUUUAUUUAAAACAUCUGUCAGUUAUACUCCAUGUCCCUAUUAAAGUAAUGUCGAUCCACAUAUUUUUGUCUUAAUAUAUGUUGACAUGAUUGUCAAAUGGACAGUUAUAAAUAAUGUUAAUAUGCUUUUUUUCUGAAUAAAGAUUUCAAAGAAAUUGCA